AAAGGAUGGCAGUCUAGAUGGGGCUGAAUAAUUCGUUUGAACGAAUGGCUUACCUGUUGUUUUCCUCCUUUCAGUGAAAUCUUCACCUCACAAAACAAUGAUCAUGACCAGCGCCGGUCAGCUUCCAUGCACUAAUAUCAUCCACGUUCCCGGCCAGAAUGACCCUGCAAACAUUAAAUACACCGUCUAUGAUGUUUUGAAGUAUUGUGAGGGCGAUAGGGUCACCUCUGUCGCCUUCCCAGCUUUGGGAACAGGCCAGGGUGGAGUCAACCCAUCAGCUGUAGCCGACGCCAUGGUUGAUGCCGUGGUGGACUUUGUGAGGAAGAAAAGCCCCCAGUUUGUUCAGAGCGUGAAGAUCCUGAUCUUCCAGACGCAGAUGAUGUCCCACUUUCACAACAGCAUGAGGAAGAGACAAGGAGAGGAGGUGCAGGAGAAGGGCCUGUUCGGAAAAAUCAAAG